AUGCCCCCACCACCGACACCCCCUAACCCCCGGCUGCGCCUGACGUCACACGACAGCAAGUUGCUGACAGCCAAUAGGAUAAAUCCUCCCCUUAUGUGUCGCGCAUCUACCGCUACCGCCAAACUCAUUCAAACGCAAGAGGUCAAAGUCGUGCACCUGUCCCCAGUGAUCUCACCAAAGGCUGACUCCAGUGUGGUGUCUGUGACAGUGAAGUUGGUGGCAGUUGGAAAAGAGGUACCCUCAGUCACCAAGACUGUAUUGGCCACCAGGGUACCUGAUAACUGUCUUACCCAGCCAGACCAACUCAGCAGCAGCCACAGCUUUUCAUCCCACUGCACCUCCUCCAUCACUGCUGCUUCAUUGAUAAGAAGCUUUCUCAGUAGACUGGACCAAAAUCCUUCUGAGACGGUCUUUGCCAAGUUCUACAGAGUUGCUAGUAAGAACCUCAAGCAAGACUUUUACGAAGCUCUGGACCAUCAUGCCUCUCGUCUCAUUGAACUCUUCAAAACCAGAAAAGGAGUUGCCGGCCAAUCACUCGAUCGCCUCCUCCAGCCAAUCAAUACACAAACCAAUGACAUCACCACAACACGCACUGCUGUCCUGCAAUGUCUGCCCCUGUAUCUUGGAGAUAAUUCCAGCGAAUUCUUCCUCAGCUACUCAGAUUCGGACUCUGCAUGUGACUUCACCCAGGUGCCUGUUUGGGUUCUUAGCAUCAUGACUGAGGACUGAUUAACAGCACUGCAAUCAUCCUUGAAGGAAACAUUAACAUGGAUGAGAUUCCCACAACCCCUCAAGCACUUUGUCCUCUGUUCGGCUUGAUGUAUGCACCCCAUCUGGAUUACCCCAAAGUGUUCUACGAUAAGGAAAGCAUGAUGGCAUCCCCUCCCCCUACCUAUUGCACCAGAGAGUAAAGAGGUGUGUGGGGGGGUCAAAUUCUUUCAAGAUUUCAGUCAGCAUGUGUACUUUAAAGCUCACUUCACUCCAGCCUCCAUGUUCCUCACAAGUGAGAGUACACUUCUGUGCAGAGCAGCGAAAGCCCUUUGUGUCCCCUUCAGUUUCUGUCUAGAAGGCCAUUACUGUCAAAUUAUUCUCUUGUUCCACUGGCUUUGACUACAAGUUAUUCACUUUGCUCCUGAGUGAAUUAUAUGUGCUGCAUAAUUUCACUUUGAAGCAUGUUUCAAACAUUACUUGCAAACCAAAUUACAUUAUAACAAUGAAUAAAAUACCCCUGUGUGAUUUGAAAUUUAUGUUCCAUUUAUCACAGUUCCCCCUCGUGGCCAUUCUGUCUAUCAAGAAGGGGUGGGCUAAGGUACAAGUCCGCUUUAAGCUAGUUAUCGCCAUCUAG